UCCCCUCCCUGUACCGGAGCGUCUCUCCGGUUGAACCGGAUCAUUUGAGGAGAAGCAGGUUGAUGAUCUGAUGUUACUUUUCUGGAUGAAUGUCUCCAUCAUCUCUCUGUGAUGCAGCUGAACACCUCCACCUCCUCCUCCACCUCCUCCUCUCCUUCUACUCUCCCCGGUACUCUGAGCUCUCUGGAGGACGGCGGCGGCUUGUUCCUGCUGAACCGAUCCGGUAACGGCUCGAUGUCCGGCGGCGAAGCGUCCUCCGCGGGCAGCGCGGCGCUCAUUUCCUCCAUCUACUCGGUGGUGUGUCUGGUCGGUCUGAGCGGGAACUCCAUGGUCAUCUACGUCAUCUUCCGGUACGCUAAGAUGAAGACGGCCACCAACCUGUACAUCCUGAACCUGGCGGUGGCGGACGAGCUGCUGAUGCUCAGCGUGCCGUUCGUGGUCACGGCCGCGCUGCUGCGCCGGUGGCCGUUCGGCGCGGCGCUGUGCCGCCUCGUGCUCAGCGUGGACGCCAUCAACAUGUUCACCAGCAUCUACUGCCUGACGGUGCUCAGCGUGGACCGGUACAUCGCCGUGGUGCACCCGCUGCGGGCGUCCCGGUACCGGCGGCCCACCGUGGCCAAGCUGGUGAACGUGUGCGUGUGGAUGUUCUCCCUCCUGGUCAUCCUUCCCAUCAUCCUCUUCUCCUCCACCGCCCCCAACUCGGACGGCUCGGUGGCCUGUAACAUGCAGAUGCCGGAGCCGGAGCGCCGCUGGAUGGCGGCGUUCGCAGUCUACGCGUUCCUGAUGGGCUUCCUGUUCCCGGUGCUGGCCAUCUGCCUGUGCUACGUGCUGAUCCUGAGCCAGCUGCGGGUGGUGGCGCUGCGGGCCGGCUGGCAGCAGCGCAGGAAGUCGGAGAGGAAGAUCACGGUGAUGGUGACGGUGGUGGUGUCGGUGUUCGUGGUGUGCUGGAUGCCCUUCCACGUGGUGCAGCUGGUGGGCGUCUUCCUGCAGCGCCACGACCCCACCCUCAGCCAGCUGGCCGUCGUCCUCGGUUACGCCAACAGCUGCGCCAACCCGCUGCUCUACGGCUUCCUGUCUGACAACUUCCGCCGCUCCUUCCAGAGGAUCCUGUGUCUGCGUUGGAUGGAGGCCCCCGAGGAGCCCCUGGACUACCUGGACUACUACAGCACGGCCCUGAAGAGCCGCAGACUCAGUCUGGACCGGGACCAGCAGGAGAACCGAGAGGACUCAGAGUAUGGGAACAGGACCUGCCCCCCCCAACACCAGCUCCAGGAUGUAGUCUGAACCCUGAUGGCACCUGAUGUAGUUCUUUGACUACAGAUCUGUGCGAGGUCAAGUUAUACUUUCAGUGUCGCCACGAGGGUCCGCCAGUAACUUCUGAUCCAGAUCAGAGAGGGGUGUUAAGAGUAGCCAAACUGUAGGUUGCCAGCUGAUUGGUCGAUCCAACAUUGUGACAGAAAACACGUCAACAUCAAACUCAAAAUCUGUAAAAAGUCUAAACGUCUGUGAAGGAGCCGGACACAAACCUCACACCACGUGGACUGUGAGGAUCUGGGUCUCUGCUCUCCUGCUGAGGCGGAUUUUCUCUCUUUUACAUUUGAAUAAACUGAAACAGAAAUCUGGUGAUUUAAAACGACCGUCAGGAUGUGACGUGUAUAUACAGUGAGAUUUUAUUUUUUUACCGACAUGAAUCUGAUGAUGUCGGACUGCAGGUGCAUCCCAAGGUCCUCGCUUGAACCGCAAGUCGUUCUGGUCCGCCAUCUUGAAGGCCGUCCCAAAGCUCUUAUUUCUGCUCCGAGGAGCGAGGAGACGCGAGGAGACGCGAGAGCAGCCUUCAGGGAACUCUUUUACUGGCCGACUUCUGUUAUUUCCCCCAUUAACUUUUAUUAUGGAUACAACAAAGUCAGCGAGGAGGAGAGUCUGUCUGACACACGUGAGGCUGACCUCAGUGACCCUGAUCUCAGUUACAUCGUUUCACUUUUUCCUGAAACAUUUAGCCCAAUAAAUAAUGUCCACUGUUCGAAAGACACCACGAUCAUAUUCUGUUAGUAUCAUCAAACGUCUGCACAGCUGUUAAAGCCGCCGCCGUCAUCAGAAACAGACGUCGCUUCACGUGGCGCUUCAGAGGAAAGGAUCUCUGCGCGCCAUCUUGAAGGACGUCUCAAUUCCUAAAAUGCAUCUCGAGAAGCGAGGAGGCUCGCCGGAGGAGCCGUGAGCGAGGAGGCUCGCCGGAGGAGCCGUGAGCGAGGAGGCUCGCCGCAGGAGCCGUGGCGC